GAAGCACAAAAAUAAGCAACCAUGUUCAAAUUACUUUCAACACUUGUUCUCCCAGUUUUCUUCCUGAGCUUUGCCAUCGCAUGGGCGAAUCUGAGCAACACGACGGGCCUAAGCUUCCAGCUAGUCGCCCUUAGUGGGGCGGUCCCUGACGGGCAUGCCAGCAAUGGCUCGGCCUACACCACCGAGGACCUGCGUCUGCCGAUUUCAACAUCGGCCCGGUAUGCUUACGGCGUGUUCGUGUCGCUCGGCACCCGGGAAGGCACCAGGCUGAAGGUCCUCGGCCUCGACACCGAAAUCAGCACAUCGUGGGUGAUGUGCGAGCCGUGCCACCCGUCGCCGCCGCAGGUCGGCAACCUCUUCUCACCAAGCGCGUCGCCCACAUUCCACGGCGUCCACAACAACGAUCCGGUUUGCACCACACCCUACCGGAAGACGGCUCACGGCUGCUCCUUCCACUUCUCUUCCAUCACCGGGUACCUCUCGCGCGACACCUUCCACCUCCGCACCGGCCGAGCGGGCGCGGUCAGGGAGUCUAUUCCUCGUGUUGUGUUCGGUUGCGCACACUCGUCGACCGGGUUCCACAAUGACAACACCCUUGGCGGGGUGCUGUCCUUGAGCCACCUGCCGCUCUCGCUCCUGACACAACUUGGUGGGCACGCCGGCGGGAGGUUCUCCUACUGCCUCCCCAUGCCCACCGUGCACAAUCCCCAUGGCUCCCUCUUGCUCGGCGCGGACGUCCCAAGCCCUCCACCGCAUGCCCACACGACCAACCUCGUCAUACAUCCCGGCGUCUCAGGCUACCACCUCAACCUCAUCGGCAUCACCCUAGGGUACAAGCGUCUCAAGAUCGACAAGCGUGUCUUCGUCAGCCAUAGCUGCAGCAUCAACCCAGCGGAGACCAUCACACAUUUCGCAGAGCCGAUAUACCUUGUAGUGGAGAAAGCAUUGGUGGCGCGCAUGAAGGAGCUAGGGUCGGACCCGGUGAAGGGGCCACCGGGCGGCCCGCUCUGGUUUGACCGGAUGUACAUAUCGGUAGAGCAGCUCCCCAACAUGGCGUUUCACUUUGAGGGCGGCGCCGAGCUGUGGUUCACAUCGGAUCGGCUGUUUGAGGUGCACGGCAUGAAUGCACGGUUCAUGGUCGCGGGCCGUGGGUACCGCCGGACGGUGAUUGGCGCGGCGCAGCAGGUGAAUACGCGGUUCACGUUCGACGUCCCCCGCGGGAAACUGUCCUUCGUGUCGGAGGUGUGCAACUGAGAUGCAUGUGGCAGCGCAGCCUAGCUUUGUUCUUGUUGUAUUUCAGAAAAUAAUUGCCAAUUUGCAUUCCUAUAUCAUAUUGCCGAAUGAGUAGUGUUAUUUCCAACUUGAAGUACGUUCGUAUGGACGUUUUGUUAAAUUUAAAAGAUAUGCAAGAAUAUGCAGCUAUGUAGCGGAAA